UUUUUAGGUUUUCUUUAAUUCUUUUUUAAUUUGUAACACAAACGAAUAAAAAAAAUCUCUUUUAGAAAAUACAUUUCUUUUUUAGCCACCCACUUCCCGCUUAAAAAUUCCUCCAUCGCGAAACCUUUCACCAUUUCCCAAAUCUCGUACGGCUUCUGUUUUGCAACAGGUGCGCAAGUUCGCCGUUUGAUUUGGUCCAGAUCCAGCCUCACGAUGGACGCCAGUUACGUCCCUAACAACCCCCAGUUCGGUCUCCAACUCGAAUGCAACUGGAGCUCUGGCCCCAACGCCACUCUCCAGUCCUCAGCGUGCACCGACGACCUCUCCUCCUGCUGGAGCGAAGACAUGGGCUCUUUCUCCCUGCCUCUAGACCUGGAGCCGCUGCCGAGCCUCUUCCCCUUCUCGCCUUGCAACAACACCGCCAACUACAAAAGCGAAGCUCAAAACCAGCCCUCCCCCUACAAGCAGCCCUCGUCCGACAUGGCCGACGUCCUCCUCUCCCUCAAGCACGCGGUGGUGCAUCCCGGCCAGAGCCCGGCCGAGAAAUACGACCAGCAGCACCUCUACCACCCCCAGGUGCUGCUCUCGCCGGGGGGCUACUCGGGGAGUCUCUGCGACCAGGGGUUUGCCCAGCAGCCCAUGUUCCCCAGCAUGUCGGUCAACGUGUCCAUGAACAUGACCAUGCAUGGGUACCAUCCGUCUAGUUCCUACCCAGCGAAUGAAAUCUCGUGUCCCCAGGUGCAGUGGAGUGCGACUCCGCAAGCUGGGUCCACACCCACGUACCAGACUCAAGGACUUUUGAGUCCUUCGUAUGGAGGGACGACUUAUUCGUUCACUGCUGACUUUAGGCCUCCGCAGGAAACGCCUGUUCUGGCCUCGUAUAAGUCAGUGCCUAUGUCGUUCUCCUCGCCGAGGAGGAGGCACAGUAUUAAUCUGCUCGAGGAGGAUAAUCAAAAGCCGAAUGUUUGUAGGAUAUGUGGCAAAAGCUACGCCCGGCCCAGCACCCUGAAAACCCACUUGCGCACGCACUCAGGUGAGAAGCCCUACCGCUGCAUCGACUGCAACAAAUCUUUCUCUCAGGCUGCCAACCUGACAGCGCACGUCCGGACCCACUCCGGGGAAAAGCCCUUCCGGUGUCCCGUCUGCGACCGCCGCUUCUCCCAGAGCUCCUCGGUGACGACCCACAUGCGCACCCACUCCGGGGAGCGGCCCUACCGCUGCCGCCUGUGCAAGAAGGCCUUCUCCGACAGCAGCACCCUCACCAAGCAUCUCAGGAUACACAGCGGCGAGAAGCCCUACGAGUGCAAACUGUGUCUUUUGCGCUUCAGCCAAAGCGGCAACCUCAACAGACACAUGCGGGUGCACGGGGCUGCCAGCAUGAUGCCCCCAUGACAGGGGCUGCUCAUCUGAAACGGCUGGGCGUUUUGACCACGCUUGUGGGAUUAGCUAGAGCUCGGGGAAUUGCACAACAAUUAACAAUGGUCGGAGAGCAAAUAACUGGCUUUGCCAAAAAUAUAAGAUUUAUUUAAGUUAAUGUGAGGGAUUUGCGGGCAAAUAUUUGAGGUUUCGUGAAUGACGGCUCAAAGGCGACUCAAAAUUGCAACUCGGGUUCGGUGCAAAUUUUCCGUGAAAGAGGACGCAAAGUCGCCAAAAUUUACGGAGAUGACAAACAGUUUUUACCGCUUCUAUUAUGAAACUUAUCUCAGAAUAUCUCGCGGAUAAAAAAUCCGACGAAAACAAAUCAUAAAAUGGAAGAAAAUAACAUCAAUUUACAAAAUUUGUAGGCUACGGUUAAUUAAUUAAUUGCUAAUUGAAAUGUGAAAUAAAUUUAUUUUAGAAAAUAAAAUAAGCCAAAUAUGUUGUCAGUAGUAAUACAAAACUUUGGUCAACUUUGUGACAGAAAAUAACAAUUAAAAACCACAAAAAAAAUAUUUUAUCCGAACAGAUGUUUAAAAUGGAUACCUACAUGCUAUACAUGGUCUGUGGUAGACAACUGCUUACAUAUAAAGAAGAUAAAAGAGUAAAAAAAUCUAUGUAUUAAAGUUAUUGAUAAAUAACGAUUUUUAAAUAAAUGCUACAGUGUGACUGUACAUGGCAAUAGAAUUUUAUCAACAAUAAAACAAAAUGGUUUCUUAAAAAAUUGUACCUGCCCAGUGUUAGCACAUUUACAAGUUUUGAUUUUUUGAAAAAUUGUAAUUUUUUUAAUUCAAAAAUUUGUUGCAUUAUUCUACACUUUUUAAAUGUAAACUUUGUUAGAAGGUAAAAUUAAAUAUCGAUUCAAUCAAUUUUAUGAAUGUGGCAGUGUUAUUUAAUAAUUAUUAGUGAAUAUCCGAAUUGUGGUGCGUUCUAUUAAAGUAAUAAUUUCGCACGUUUCUCUGGACUUUAGUGACAAAAAAAGUUCAAACAGAAUUCUUGAGAUUUUUUACUAAAUGUAAAAUAUACUUCAACGCCUUUAUUUAUCAAAGACUUAGUACAACUAAACAAAAAAUUGUUAUAAUAAAAAUUAGAAAAAAAGUUGCAGUUUUAUUUUAAUUAACACGCUGAAAGUAUUGUGGAAAGGCAUUAUUUUUUUAAAUUAAACAAUUUUUGUAAUUUUUUUACGUCCAAUUGUUAACAAAAAAUAAAUAGAACAAACUCUAAUAAAGUUAGAUACCUAUCAAUGAGGUGUAAUAUUUUUUUGUGUUUUAAAAGACGUUAACUGAGUGCGGACACUUGAUUCACUCGUACUUAUUUAAUUUUUUCGAAAUGUGGAAAAUGUUAAUUUUGUGUUUCAUUUACUUUCUGAAUGAUUUUACGGUUUACUUCCUUGUAUUAUCAUGUUUCACUCAAAAUAAACAAUUAGCGCGUCUUCCUAAAACGAAACAAUGCAGCAAAACAAGAAGUAAUUUGAUAAGAGACAAUAACACAAUUUUUUAACAGAAGCCGGUCAUAAAUGCGGUAAAAUCAAGAAAUAGCUUUGGUGCAGUCCAAGGAAAGUUUCGAGGAUGUGUUUACAAGACGCUUUUCUAUUGAAAAAUGAUAAUAGAAAUAAUAAGAAGCGUAUUUCUCAACGACAGCCGAAAUACAAUAAAUACAAACACUCUAUACUAGUUUGUAACAAACAAGAUAACUCGUGAGAGUGCAGUGUAGAGUCGAGGGUUUGUCAUUGCACGUAUUGUUAAGGUAAUAAACAAAACUAUCGAUGUACUAAUUAAUUGUUGUUAAAUUCUCGCGGGGACAGAGAUAAGAAAAAUUCUAGGGCGGUUCACCGACUUUCAAGUGUUGAUUAUCUCGCACUAAAUUCACAAGUGGUCAAAACGCGCAAUCCGAAACGAAACCCAAAUGCAACGAUUGUCAUAAUCGAAUCUAUGUAAUUACCAAAGAGAGAAGUUUUAAGUAUUAAGGACUAGUCAUUUUUUGUAAAUAAAGAUCUCAAUGUUGAUAUUUUUAAUAAAAUAUGCUGUACAGAAGUUGGGUUUUUUGAUUAGUGGUCAAGGAGAGGACUUAAAUCAUUUAAAUAAAUACGGGGAUUACGGUUGUCACGGUCUGUCAUUUCGCGCUCCUGGCAGUGUUAAACCAUCAUAAAUCUUCCGACUCAAACAGCCCAAAAUAGCUCCGUAAGUAUUGUCAUUGUUCGCGUUGCAAAUAUU